ACUGCUUUGCUUUAAUUUCUUUCAGGCAUUUCUUUAUUUGGGUGGAUUGGAUUGGAUUCAGAUCUCUUUCUUUCAAUCAUGUCAUUUUCCACAUAAUUAUAUGCCUUUUUUUGCACGUCUCCUUUUUCGCCUACCUAUCAUUUUCUUCUGUGAUGCCCAUUUUAAGCAAACUACUUUUCCGAUUUCUUGACAAAGAUGGAAACUUUCUGGCUUUUGGCUAAUCAUGGCAGCUGGGUUUUUCAUUCUGUGCUCUGUUUGGUAUUUAGGAUUGUCUGAUUGAAUCUGGCGAAUUAUCCAAUCCAAUCCUGGCAUCGAACAAGGCAUGACAGAUUUGUUUGUUCAAUGCUGAUUUUGUAGGUUUUCGGCUCACUUUUUAUUUACAUACUGAAGUUUGCUUACUAAGCAUGACCUUUUCUGCAGCUUUGCCUGGCUAUUUUCAAAUUUGUUUCAUCGAAUUGAGAUCGCGAAAGUUAUGUCGAUUAGGUCACAUUUGGUUGAAUGGUUUUCGAUUUGGGUUUGAUUUUGAUCAAUUGAGUAGUAAGGAAGUAGGACAUUGAUUGGUUUACAACUUUAGACUAUUGUGCUAUCUCCUAGUUGACUUGUAACAAUAACAUUUAGGGCUCGUUUGGUGUCCGGGAUUGGCUUGGAUUGGAUUGGAUCGGAUCAUAAUUCAAGGUAUGUGUGAAGGUAGAGGUGAAUGAUUUUUCAUUGAUGGGAUUAGAAGGGACUGAACAUUAAUUCGAAACUUAUCUCUCUUCUAAUCCUACAAUCAGUGUAUUUCGAAGUGGGGUUUGACGGAAAAUUGAAGGUGAAGUGAGCGUGAAAGCGCUGUUCUUAAAUUUGGGAUGCAUUUUUGUUAGUGAUGCAUCUAUGGAACCCAAAUCUCCUUCAAAACUUAAGCUCUCAAUCAUGGGAUCUACUCAAUAUAAACAGGCAUUUAAAACAAGUAUUGUGAUCAUAGUUAUAAUGCUCUUGUUCUUUGGUGCGUAUUUCGGAUUUAACUCCACGAAAGGCCGUAGUGCAUCUAAGGGGUCAUACUUUACUGUGGUGGUUGAUUGUGGAAGCACGGGUACCCGAGUUAACGUGUACGAGUGGCUGGUAACGGGUGUUAGUGGUAAGGAAUUGCCUACAUUGUUGUACUCUUAUCCGGAUAAUUCAACUAAGGGUAUGGUUUCGAAGAGCUGUAAGUAUCACUGUCUGCAAACCGAGCCUGGUUUGGAUAAAUUUGUUGGAAACUUGUCAGGAGUAAGAGCGUCUUUGGAACCACUAAUUACAUUGGCUGAACAUAAGGUUCCUUCCAAAAGACGCAGAGAGACUCCUAUUUUUGUUCUAGCUACUGCUGGAUUAAGGAGAUUGGCAGUGGAGGAUUCUAGGCAGGUCUUAGAUGAUAUCGAAUCUGUCCUAAAAGAAUAUUCUUUUUUGUACAAAAAUAGUUGGAUUAGGGUGUUGAGUGGCAAAGAAGAAGCUUAUUAUGGUUGGGUUGCUCUAAAUUAUAAAAGCCGUAGUUUUCAGAAUCCUUCAAGGUCACCCACUUUGGGACUUCUUGACUUGGGAGGUUCAUCAUUGCAGGUUGUAGUGGAGACUGAUGGUGCAAGAGAAGAUGCAAACUUGCUGAGAUCAAAAUUUGGCUAUGUUGAACAUGAGAUUUUAGCCUACUCAUUGUCAGAAUUCGGAUUAAAUGAAGCAUUUGAUCGGACAGUUGCUAUGCUGAGCCAACGCAGAGAAAGUGCUGCAGGUGUAUUAGAGAUCAGACAUCCUUGUCUUCGUACUGAUGUGGUCCAAAACUAUACAUGCUAUGGUUGUGUCCGACAAAAUGGUGCUGAUCAGAAAAAUGUCAUUGGCCAAUUGCAAGAAACUAAAUUUCCUUUGGUGCAUCUGUUUGGAGCACCGGAUUGGGAGCAAUGCAGAACACUUGCUAGGGCUGCUGCUAUCAAUUCAAGCACAUCUGAUGCAGAACAAAGAACAAGGUCAUGUUCUGAUAAUGGGAGUGAAAUGGUGAAUUUGACAGCCGUUGUUCACCCCACAGCUCGCUUUCACGCCUUAUCUGGAUUUUUCGCUGUUUAUGACAAGUUGAAUUUGAGUGGCCGAGCCACCUUGCCCAAGAUAUGGGAGAAAGGCCAGCAACUAUGCUCCAAAUCAUGGUCUGACCAAACCAGCAUCUCACAAAAUGGUUAUUUUGCUUGGCAAUAUUGUUUUCGGGUACCUUACAUGGCAUCACUCGUUGAGGAUGCUCUGUGUCUUGGUGACAAAACAAUCGUUUUUGGUCCUCCAGACGUUACUUGGACAUUAGGAGCUGCCCUGGUCGAAGGAGAGUAUUUAUGGUCGAGUACAAUUCGAUCUCGGACUAGCAUUUUGACCCUAAACAUGGAGGUUGCAUCCUCUCCCAUUUUUGUACUUGUUUUACUUCUUUUCCUUCUGUUGGUUGUGUAUUGUAGUCACGUCAAGCUGCCCAUGAUCGACAAGAAAGGUGCAGCUAGGGCAUCUUUGCCAGUAAGAGAACAGAAGAUGAUGGAUUAGAUUUUACGUACUGUAAAAAUUCUUUGAUAAAUACAGAAAUUGUGAUACAUAUGCUACA